GCAGCAGUGGCCGAGGUGGUGUUAGUGUCGGGAUAUUUUUCAUUUUCUUAAAUCGCGGUGCUUCGGGGCCGCUCCUUGGGCCCUAUGCUCCGGGCUGUCGUGAAACCUUGCGGGCUGCACUAGCGCUCCCAAACGUUGAGCCAUGUUCACCGGGACGAUGCGAAUCAAUCUGCGAGAGGCUCAGGGUCUCCGGCCUACCGAUUGCUCCAAGAGGCACGCUUUCGGUAAGGCUGAUGAGCAGCCUCUCGAUCCCUACGUCACCAUCGACGUCGACGACGUCCACGUAGCUCAGUCCACUACAAAACAAAAGACGUUUGACCCAGUCUGGAACGAGUAUUUCGAAAAUCAGGUUGAAAAUGCCAGAACUUUGACACUGACAGUGUUCCAUGAUGCAGCUAUCCCACCGGAUGUCUUUGUAGCAAAUGUUUGUGUGCCAUUUGAAGAACUUCUAGCUAGAGAAAAAGAUGAAUCAGAUUUUUGGGUGAAUCUGGAACCAAAAGGCAGAUUACAUGUUAAGAUAGAUUUAAUAGCAACGAAUGAAUAUGGCGCGCGCCCUCGAGAGUUCAAAGAGCGCCAGCAAGGGUUCAACAGGCGCCGCGGUGCUAUGCGACGUAGAGUGCACCAAGUUAACGGGCACAAAUUCAUGGCGACAUUUCUUAGACAACCGACAUUUUGUUCCCACUGUAGAGAUUUUAUUUGGGGUUUGGGCAAGCAAGGCUAUCAAUGUCAAGUUUGCACAUGUGUCGUGCACAAACGUUGUCACCAGAGUGUCGUUACCAAAUGUCCUGGAAUGCAGGAUGAGGCGUGCCAACCGAACACAGGUUUCAAUGUAAAUGUACCACACAGAUUCGUUGUUCACAACUAUAGAAGGUUCACUUUCUGCGACCACUGCGGCUCACUGUUGUACGGACUCUUUCGACAGGGGCUCCAAUGCGAGGCGUGCUCCAUGAAUGUGCACAAACGCUGUCAGAAAAACGUCGCCAACAACUGCGGCACGAACACCAAGCAAAUAGCAGAGAUUUUAAUUCAAAUAGGUAUUUCUCCAGACAAACAAACUCCGAGAAGAAUCAAGGUAACUUCGGGAUCUGGAGGAAAUGGUCAGCAGCAAGAAGAUCUUUCAAAUGCAAGUGGAGAUUCAACGGGAGAAGAUCUAUCGAAAAUGUUGGAAGAGAAGCUGUCAAACAAUGGAGAUGGCACUAGAGCAAUAGGACUGUCAGACUUCCAUUUCGUGAAGGUACUAGGUAAAGGAAGUUUUGGAAAAGUAAUGCUGGCUGAAAAACGAAAUUCGGAUGAAGUAUAUGCCGUCAAGGUGUUGAAGAAAGAUGUAAUUAUCCAAGAUGACGACGUGGAUUGCACGAUGACGGAAAAGAGGAUUUUAGCACUGGCUGCCAAUCAUCCGUUUUUAACUGCGUUGCAUUCGUGUUUUCAAACUCGCGAUAGAUUAUUUUUUGUCAUGGAAUAUGUUAACGGCGGUGAUCUAAUGUUCCAAAUUCAGCGAGCAAAAAAAUUCGAUGAACCUCGUGCCAGAUUCUAUGCUGCAGAAGUCACGUUAGCUUUACAGUUUCUACAUCGUCAUGGCGUUAUCUACAGAGAUUUGAAGCUUGACAAUAUCCUUCUGGAUUCAGACGGUCAUUGUAAAUUAGCAGAUUUUGGAAUGUGCAAAGAAGGAAUAUUGGAAGGAGUAACAACGUCAACAUUUUGUGGAACUCCUGAUUAUAUCGCGCCAGAAAUUUUACAGGAAUUGGAAUAUGGUGCUAGUGUAGAUUGGUGGGCACUAGGAGUACUUAUGUAUGAAAUGAUGGCGGGGCAGCCGCCGUUUGAAGCUGAUAAUGAGGAUGACUUGUUUGAAUCGAUUCUACACGAUGAUGUGCUCUAUCCUGUUUGGUUGAGUAAGGAGGCUGUUAGCAUACUCAAAGGCUUCAUGACGAAGAAUCCUAGCAAACGACUAGGUUGCGUAACAGCACAUGGCGCUGAAGCUGCAAUACAAACACAUCCUUUCUUCAAAGAUAUGGACUGGAAUGCGCUUGAACAGCGUAAGGUCAAGCCACCAUUCAGACCAAGGAUCAAAAGUCGAAAGGAUGUAACCAACUUCGAUGCUGAAUUUACGAGAGAAGAGCCAGUACUUACACCAGUAAGCAAUGAAGUGCUGCAGUCUAUCAAUCAGGACGAAUUCCAGGGUUUCUCUAUUGUCAAUAGAGACUUUAACCCACAACGCUUCCUUGCCGAAUAGGAUAUAAGCAAGUUUUGCGCGAACAGGCUCGAGUAAUUACAAGCUUGAAGCUUUAAUUCUUUUUGUAGAAAAGAAGCAGAAUAUCAAGCGGCAUUAUUACUUAAACGUUGAAGCGUUACAAGCAACUACUAUACUUUUUUACCAAAACGGCCUACCGACGUACGGUAGGGCUUUUGUAUGUGAAGAGUGAUAUUUGAUAUUUCGUAAUUGUUUGACAAAACAUGUAUAUGUUAAUGUCGCUCGUCACUCGGUUGAUAUUGUUGUUUUUGGUUGCAUUAACAGGGCUGGAUAUAAAAAACUAUGAUGAUUUAAUUUGGGAGAAUGUCAACACUUGAUCUUCAGUUGUAUUUCUCUGUUUUAAUUACCACGCCUGCUGGUUUUUAAAAUUUAAGACGGUCGACCCCGACCGUCUAGCUGAAAAAUAGUAAUGCUUUGUCGAUUUUUUUGGCUGUUUAGCGUAAGUGGUCAGGAGUAUUGUUUGUUGCUGUUUUGUAGUAUUUUACUAAAUACGUGACGAAUACUCAAAUUAGAUAAUUCCAGUGAUUUCGAAAUGCAAGGCUCGGUAUUUUCGAAAAAUUGGGAAUAGUAGUCCAGUCAAAUGAUAUUCUCCUAACAUGUCCCUUUAAUGCGUUGAAAAACCCAACGGAUGCUUAUAAAAAAACCCUACCGAGUGUACUCGAACUCGCUCAGCUAUGCGCUGACAGAAUAUAUCCGCUCACCUCUCACCAUCGGCGAUUAUACCGUUUAGCUAUAGCUUAUCCGAAUACUUAUACCCACUUUGCCGUGAGCUUACAUGAGAAAGCAGCCCAAACCACCAAUUGGACUGGCGCUACGUUGUCUGAAAAACACGUAAAUUUAAGAUUAAUUCGUGAACAGUUACAUUGAGAACGGAUAAAAUCUGAAGGACAAACCAAGCACGAACACGUCUCGUCAAUAGCAGCAGCUGCCGGAAGAAAACUCGGCUAUUUGUUUAGGGCUAAGAAGUACUUUUCUCCACAUGACCUCCUCACUCUGUACAAGGCCCAGUAUUGCUCACAUGUUUUGGUUGCUUUUGUUCCAUUACGUUAUCAAUGCUUGAUGAUGUCAGACAGACGGAUGACUCUUCUCUAACGGACUUCGACCUUCCACCCUAACCACGUCGGAAGUUCGUACAUCCAGAACUGGCCUAUACGACCCCUCCUUUGUCCCUAGGGUGUCGAAAUUGUGGACAACCUACGUGAGGAGGCUUUUCCCAGCUCUACUAACCUUAGGCAGUUGAAAAAUAGGAUUAACAGAGUUGUUUAAGCUCCUCACAGCAGCCGCGGUGCCUUGGCAUUUAGGCUUCCGGCUCCGCGGUUGCGUCAGUGGAAAAAAGCUAAACUGUCAUAACCUGAAAGCCUAAGCUGUUUCUCCCUUGAAUAUCGCAGCCGAGGGGAUGCCUUCGGACAAACUGUAGCUGAGCGAGCUUGAAUGCACUCGAUGGAGCAGAUGUCUGUUACGCGAAGGUCUGGACCUGGAGGCACUAACUAGGUAUGGUUUCAGUAUUGGACUGUUUUUUCAAUUUUGCGGUAUUAAUAGCCCAUAAUGUAUGAUUUUCAACAUUCGAAAGAAGGACGAUUUUGAGCUGGAUCUUUUGACUGGACUAAGGACCGUAUUUAGCAUUUAUUUCAGUAUUUCAGUAGUGGCAUACUUAAAAUACCCGUAGCGUUUCUUUACCCAGCCCCUCAUUAAUUAACAAAUUAGAAUCAAAGUUUUUUUAAAUAUCAAACUAUAGCCAUUGUGUAAAAUUUGCCGAUGUUUUAGUUACUGUGAUUUUUCAAGCAUUAGAUGAAAUUGUAGAUUAUAAAAGCACCUGUUUUAAGUCUAGUCAAAAAUGGCCUAUGUAAAUAAUUAAUAAAAUUUGAAAAAAGUUGAUAGUUCUAAAUCUGUUGAAGGCAUAGAAAAAAUCCAAAUGUUCCAGCUUCAGUUCAUUAUAUUGUCAAUAGUUUUAUAAUAUUCUUGAUGUACAUACAUGCUUUCCAAAUUAUAUCAGAAAUAUUGAUAUGUCAUUUUUUGACAAUUAUAAAAUCAAUGGUACAGUUCUAUUUGAAUGGUUUGACUGAAAUCCAUAGUGGAUUUUUGCUAUGCACUUUUAUAUUUAUCUGUACUUCCCAGUACAGUUAAUUUAUCUCCGGAAAAAUGACAAGAAUGGCAAGAUUAUCAUACGAAAAGCGCAAGCCUACACUAUUUCAAAUAAUACUAUUAGUCUAAUCAUAUUAGCAAAUUUUCCCGAAAUAAUUGAAGCCUUUGGUGCAAAAAGGUGUUAACUCAAAUUUUAUAAUUGGCCUCAAUGUUUAAACCCUGAAAUUUUUUAUAUGUGGCUGCUAUGGUUACUUUUAAUAUUCAAGGUUAUUUAAGACAGAUAUAAAAGUAUCUUGAAAAGGCAGUUUUGUUAAAAAAUAUGUUUUUAUCAUCAGAAAUGUUAAAAA